AUGGCGACGCCGAACAAGCGCCCGCCGCACGUGUUGCAUCUCUACCACGAGAUCAAUGCCGCGGCCGCGCACGACCUGUCCCCCGCGGACCUCGACGCGAAGCUCGAGGAGGCGUCCGAAUUCCUCGCGGGGUGCCUCGCGAGCUACAAGCCGCCGUCCUCCGCGUCGAAGGCCGAGGUCGAGAGCGGCAGCAUCAGCGACUACGACGGGAAGACGCUCAAGCUGAACGCGGCGAUGAAGAAGGUGACGAUAGCAGCGAGCGCGCGUUUGAACCUGGACGAGAUACAGACGUACGCGCUCAUGCGGCGGUGCGUCGACGAGGACAAGUCGACGACCGAGCUGCCGACCGAGUGCGACGACGAUCUCGUCGAGCGUCUGACGGACUAUUACUUCCGCGAGAGGCUCGGGAUGUUCAAGUGCAUCCACGCGCUGCUGCUGCAUUCGCACGAAGAAGACGCCGCGGAGACGGAGGACCCGUACGCCGCCCCGAAGCUUCGGUGCUUGGAGCGCAUGAUGAAAAGCGACCUCGAGGCGAACCUCGUGACGACGCUGUGCGCGCACAUGCGCGGGGAGACGCCGAUCCGCCCGUCGGCGACGUCCGCGUCCACGAACAAGGCGUGGUCUAAGCAGGCGCUCGAGGAGACGAUCGUCAUGCUCGAGUGCGCGUUCUUGGUGUACUUCGACGGUAACGCGUCUUGCGACGCGAAGCGAUUCGCGGAGAUGGCGACGGCGUUUCGACGCGGCGCCCUCGCGCGAGCGCCCUCCGCGGGCGCGGAGCUCGUUCGAUCAGCCGCGCCCGGGUCCAGCGACUCUCGCCAAGACGCGAAGGACGACGACAUGACGGAUGCGCACGCGAGGGCGUUCACGGACACGCUGCGCGCGCUGUGCGCGGUCGUCCUCGUCGCCGCGUUGGACUUGGAGUCGGUCGUCGAGCUCGUGCGCGGCGGCGGCGGGGGCGGGUCGUCCGCGGACCUCGGCGCGACGCAUCCGCUGCUCAGCGAGGGCGCGCUGCGAGACGUCUCGACCGCGCUGAAGGACUGGCCGAGCGACGCGUCGCACGGACCGGUGCUUCUCGCGUGGGCAACGCUGCUCGCCUUGGCGCCGAGCGCGCGCGGGGAGGAGUCGACGCUCCCGGACGAGGCGGACCCGUCGCGCGCCGCGUCGAGGGUCGCGGGCGAGGCUGGGUACGGCGCGCUCCUGUCGCUCCUGCGGUUGGAGCAGUUCCGACGGUCCGAGGAGGUGAUCGUGGAGCUGCAGAAGUCCGUCCUGAAGAACAUGUUCACGUGCUCGCUCGCCGCGUUCGACGCGCUUCCGGUGCACAAGCUCGCGGAGAAGGAGCUGACGACGUUGAUCGACGUUUUGACGGAACUCACGAGCGAGCAGCCCGGUCUGUGCGCGCAGUUCUGGGGCGGCGCGACCGCGGACGGACUCGAGGCGCCGCUGAUGUCGCUGCUCGUCGGCUGCCGAGAGCGGCAUCCCGUGGACGCGGCGCCUCUUCUGAGGGUGCUGUUCGCGUUGGCCGAAGGUCCCGAGUCCGCGGAAAAGGCGCUGCGUUUCUUGACCAACCUCCCGACGGUCGCGCUGCCCGCGCCUCCGCCGGGCACCGAACUCGCGCGCGCGAUCGUGCCGCUCGGGGAGGAUGGCAACCCCGCCGUCGAGUGGAUGGACGCGACGACGCGGUGGGAAGACGAGCGCGGACAGAGCGAAGAGUGGCGGCGGAACGACGCGCAACCGCCGUCGCUUCCGCCUGGACCGGUGUACGCCGCCGCCGCGCUCGCGAGCACGUACCUCCCCGGCGCGUGCAUACCUCAGGGCACGCCGGGCGUCGCGAUGGCGCGCGACGGAUCGUCGACGUCCGCGACCGCGGUAGGGUACGGAGGCGACGACAGAGACGGCGACGAGGCGAUGACGACGACGGCGCCGAGUCUGAACGGCCCCGGCGUCGACAUCAUCCGCUGGCACACGCGCGCGGACGGCGUCCGCGUCCUCAUCGCGCGCGUGUGCGUGCUCUCCACGAUGGGCGGCGCGUCCGUCGGCGCGAAAGAAGCGCACGAGCUCGACGCGUCGCUCGCGUUCCUCGGCAGAGUGCUUCGCUCCGCGCCGAGGUUCGCGACGAAUCUCGUGUCGCUGGACGUCUCCGCGGUCGUCCCCUCCGGCGCGCCCACGUCGCUCGUCGCCGCGCUCGCGGCCAUUCUGACCGCGUCCACGACCCCGGGCGACCCGUGGGCGACGCUUCCGUGCUCGAGCCGCGAUAGCGACACCGAAGUCGCGCACCCCGGUCUGAUGCGAGCGGCGCUGGCGCUGUCCGUCGCCGCGCCGCUCGCCGCGGCGGCGCCGACGUUCGCGCUCGAGGAGCUCACGUCCGCGCCGUUACUGCGCGCGGACGGGUACGACGGCAGGGACAGCGGCGCGCUCGCGUCGAUCAACGCGCGCGGGCCCGCGGUCGGGCUCGCGAUGUUCGAGCACUCCGUCAUCCCGUCCGAGCGCGCCGCCGGGGUGUACCCGCUGACGACGGCGCUUCUGAGGGUAGCCGAGAGUUUCCUGUGGGCGGGCGCGGGGGCGUCGCACGCGAUGACGCCGUUGCUGCAGCACGUCGUGCAGGAGGUUCUCGUGCAGCACGGCACGUGGCGAUACCGGCGAAGGGCCGAUCGCUGGUCGCUCCACGCCGCGGUCGCUCGCGUCGUGACCGCGGCGUUGGCGCCGAGGCCCGGUCCGGAGAACGCGGCGAGGCGCGCCGCGGUCGCGGGGUACGUGUCCUCCGACGCGGGCGCGGCGGCGGCGCUGCUCGCGCCGUUGGCGCUCGACGCCGCGGUGCUCGGGCACAUGCACGACGGAGGUCCCGGCGCCGCGACCGCCGCGGAGGUCAUCGCCGCGGAGGAAGCGGUCGCGGCGACGUUACGCGCGCUGCCGCAGCUGUUGUCCGUCCUCGCGGACUCCGUCGCGAACGCGGCGGCGGCGGCGGAGAUGACGCGCGCGCCCGCGGCGCUCGGUUCCGGGCCUCUCGCGCACGCGCUUCUCGUGGACGCGCCCGGCGGCGGCCCGCCGCUCGCGGCCGCGGUCGCGUCCUACGUCGCGUAUCCGUACGCCGCCGCGUGCUGCGCGCUCGCGUUUCCCGCGCUCGCGGCGAUUUGCGCCGCGGCGCCGAACGAGCCGCCGCUCGCGUGCGCGCUGCCUUCGCUCGCGCCGUCAUCCUUGUCCGCGUCCGCGUUUGCGCUCACGAUGCACGGCGAGCCGCGAAAGAAGGACGCCGGCGCGGAAAUGGAUCCUCGCGCGGCGAUCGUCCGCGCGCUGACCCCGGACGCGGCGAGGUACGCACCGGGAGAGGCUCUCGCCGCCGCCGCGUUCAUCACCGCCGCCGCGUCGUCUCAGCCGAUGCUCGCGGAGAGCAUGCUGCUUCCUGCAAAGCUCUCCCCGACCGGCGAGGGCGAGGACGGGUGCGACGUCGAGAGCGCGCUCGACUCGCUGUGGACGGUUCUCGGGAACGCCAAAGAGCUGCGCGAGGAAGAUCCGCGGCUCUUAGCCGCGUCCGUGAACGCGAUCGUGUCCGUGUGGCGAGGAGGGCGACUGCUCGCGGGGGCGGCGGGGACGCUGCGCACGCAGUCGUCGUUCGCGUCUCGCCUCGGGGAGUGUCUGCCGAGCGUCUCGGCCUCGAAAGUCCUGGACUUCGACGGCGCUGAUACCGACGCGGACGACGAUGGUUCGUACGACGACGAGCGUGAAGCGUUCCAGUUAUCCGCCGAGGCGGCGGCGCUCACGCUGUUAGCGUCGGAGGCCGCGGACGUGCUGCACGGAUCGCCGGGCGAGGGGAUCGAAGAAGCGUUCGAGAAGUGGUGCGGAAAGGACGGGGACGACGAAAACGCGUUUUGUCUCUGGAUCAAGCGGUGGUGCGUGAUGGUGGACAGGCCCGGGGUUUUCGCCGCGGCGCGAGCGCACGCGCAAGCGGUCGUCUUGAAAGCGGCGGCGAGCGCGGAACGCGCGAAAGCGGCGGCGGUCGCCGAGGCGGCGAGACAGGGUCGACUCCCUCGAGCUGUCGCGGGAUCGUCGCCACUCUGCGACGCGUCCCUCGAGCACGGCGCGGUCGCCGCGGCGGACGCGCUGCUGUCGCACGCCUCCGCGGCGGACGCGGUUCGUACGGGCGCGACGAGAGCGACGAUUCUCGAAGCGACCGCGGCGGCUGUGCUCGAGACGAGACCGAGACCCGCGCACGAUCCGCUCGGCCGGCUGUUAGAAGCCGCUCGAGAAAUACAGUUAGAGCGCGCGGCGUUAGCGCCCCCUCCUCCCGGCCCGCUCCCGGGCGAGCGAGCGGAGUACGGCGGCGAUUUCCUCUUCAACGCGACGUGGGUCGAGGCCGCGACGGGCGGCGCGAGUCCCCCGGAGGCGGCGGGCAUGGACGAACUCGGCGACGACGACGCCUUCGGCGCGAUGCAAGGCCCACUUUCGUCGUGCGGCUACGACGCCGCGAAGGCGCUGCGGCUCGCCGGGAGGGCGGCGGCGAGGAAGUCCGCGCAGCUCGCCGCGUUGUCCGCGUUUUACGACAUGAUGACCGCCGCCGCGGGGCCGAUGCGCGACGUCGCGAGCGACGACGACGAACACGCUUUCGAGGCGGACCAACGCGAGAGCGGUCUGCUGUCGUCCUGGCCCGUCGCGUCUCGGGCUUCAGCGGUGCAGACCGUCCUGGAGAACCUGCACGCGGCGCUGAACGCGUCGAAGGGCGACGCCGCGGAUCACGCCACCGCGUUCGCGGCGGAGCUCGCGCACCUCCUCGCGCUGCUCGUCCGCCUCUGGGCGCGCGCGGUGAACGCCAUCGGCGCGAAAAAGGCGCCGGACGACGGCGAGACCGAAAAUCUCGACGCGUUCGCGACCGCGGCGGAGGUGUCCGCGAUGGCGUCCGACGCGCUGUCGCGACGGCCGGAGGACGUCGUGGCGUGCGACGGCGCCGCGAGCUGCGUCGUGCGGCCGCUUCUCACCGCGGUGCUCGUGAGCGUCCGCGCGUGGAGGACGACGGCGGCGACGACGUCGUCGACGCGCCGCGCGGGGUCCGGUCUGCGCGAAGGGCACGAGCUCGGGAACCGUCUGCUGCCGUUGACGCCGGUGCUGUGCGCGCUGUCCUCGAGUCCCGACGGCGGCGCGGACGCGGUCCUCGCGCUGGCCGUCUUGCGCGAGAUGGCGGACGGCCUCGUCCCGGCGUCUUCGCUCGCGGACGCCCUCCGCGGACGCGCGCUUCUGCCGCCGCUGACGCCGCCGCCGUUCGAGGCGUGCGCCGCGCCCGGGGUCGACGGCUCGCGCGACCCGCUCGCGAUGUCGUCUCUCGUCGCGCUUCCGUUCGAGCGUCUCGGCGACGCGUCCGCGAUGGCGUUGCGACCAUUCUUGGACGUGAACGCCGCGAGCGGCGGGUUCGGCGACGGGAAGGAAAACGUCCCGGAGAACUACGUCGACGGCGGCUCGAAAGUCUCCGAGUCGGGCGUCUCCUCUCGAUCCGACGCUCACGGCGGCGCGGAAGUCGCCGCCGCGCUGCGGACGUGCCUCGCGCUCGGACGCUCCCCCGCGGGCGCGGAGGUGCUCCAGAGCGUGAACUACGCGUCCGAGCUGUCCUCGCUCCUCGUCGCGCUCGGGUCGACGCGACCGCCGCCGCGCGCGUCGUCUUCCGCGUCGCACCCGCUCCCGCGGUGGACCCCGCGCUGGGGCGUCGGCGGUCCGUUCAAGAAGGGCGACGAGGUCUUCUACCGCGACAAAGCGGCGCCGGACGCGCACGCGAAAGCGACCGUCGUGCAUGCGGACCUCUCCGUGAACCCGCACGCGUACGUCGUCGACGUGAACGGCGCGGAGCGAUCCACGGAGGCGAGCAGACUCGCGGCGCGGUCGCGCGUCCGCGCGUCCUUCGCCGGGGGGCACGGGCACGCUCACGAGACGCGCGACGCGACGUCUGCGGCGGCGACGCCGAGCGAGCUGUACUGCCUCGCCCUCCGCGCGGCGGCGACGCACGCGGACGUCCUCGGCGCGCGGCGAGACGUCCACGACGCGUUCGUCUCCGUCGCCGUCGCGCUCGCGGAUCGAUUCGAAGAAGCGCUCGCGCCUUCGACGUUGAACACGGAGACGCUCGCGGAGGCGGAGUCGACCGCGGGUUUCCUUCACUCGCUCGCGCUCGCCGCGAGCGGGCCGUGGCAGCUCGCGGCGCCGACGCACCAGGUCGCGAUGCGCGCGGCGGCGGUUGAUUUCCUUCGAUUCAUCGCCGCGCCGCCGCCGCCGCGCCGCGGGAUCGGGUGCCAGCCUCGCUCGCGACGCGAGAUCGCGGCGGUGCACCGCGCUCCGCUCGUCGGAGCGGUCACCGGGUGGUUUCACUCGUGCGCGAUCGGCGCCGUCCCCGCGGUCGCGCCGACGCCGGCGGCGGCCAUCGCGGCCGCCAUCGCCGCGUCGUCGGACGAGGCGGGCGGCAACGCGCACUCGGAAGCCAUCGCCGCCGCGUUGUACGCGACCGCGGCGAGGUGCGCCGCGUUCCUCGCCUCGUUCCCGCGGUCGAACCCGAACGCGGUGUGCGGCGAGGAGGCGCUCUUCAACCUCUCGCAGCAGGCGGACGUUCUGAAGACUGAAUUCGAGCGCAAGAGCGUCGGCGAGGACGCGCAAGGCCGGAAGGCGGCGUUUAAAGACGCGAUGACGCACGUCGCCGGCGCGCUGCGGGAUCACUGCGAGGUGCUCGAAACUUUAGAAGCGGACGAGGAUCCGGUCGGGUUGUUGCCGCCGAAGCUCCACAGCGCGCGGUCGUUAGUGUCCCAGAUGAGCUGGCGGCCGACGCCGAUGGACAAGUUCGCGUUGGAGCGCGAGACGCCUCCGAAGUCGUGA